AUGGAUUCGAGGUAUGAUAUCAGUUUGAAUCCUCUCUCGCUCUCUCUUUCGCUCUUGCUCGCUCGCUCGCUCGCUCGUAUUAGUGGAUCUGCUUCCCCCACUCUGGGAGAGCAGAAGAGGUGGGAGGGAGGUCAGAGGCAGGCUAGCGACGCUAAUGCAGGCGAAUUUGGAUUUGAUGCGCAGACGAAGAGCAACGGAAUGGGAAGGGGCACCUGCUCGUACACGGUGAGCAUCAAGACGAGCUGCUCCUCCCCCAGGUUCACUCGCGACGCCAUCAGCCUCGCCUUCGGCGACGUCUACCACAACGAGGUACUUCUCCGUCUCUUUCCCUUCACUGUUAGUCUAAUCCAGAGGAUUUCUUCUGCUGCAUUCGGCAGAUGGCCGGUCCAAUAGACUUUCUCCCUACCUACACUGCCCCUCCGUCAAAGAUCGAGAGGCAGGAAUAAUGAUGGAUUGCAGCCUCCAAAGAUCUCUAGUGCGUGAUCGUCAGGGGAUCUGUUCUCUUCAUCAGUCAGUCGAUCGAUCUAUCUCUUUCCGUCGUAGAAUUCCAUUCCGCUAGGUUAGAGUUUCGUGGAGCUUUCCUUUCACCUGCGCGUAGCUAUAAUGGCGGACUGCAGACUCCAAAGAUCUAUAGCGCUUGAUCGUCAGGGGAUCCGUUCUCUCCAGCAGUCCAUCCGUCGAUCGACGACACUCGGGUCCAUCGAUCGAUCGAUUUUUAUCCGUCGUGGAAUUCCACUCCAUUAUGCUUUUGGGGUUAGGGUUUCGUGAGCUGUCCUUCCAUCUGCGCGCAGGUCUACGCUCCCCGACUGGACGAUCCUGCUUCGAGGGCGUUCGAGCGGUGCUCCACGGACACCUUCCGCAUUUCCGGGCCCUGCGGCGGCCGCACCUGCUACCUCUACCUCUUCCGCUCCGGUCGCGACGGCUGGACACCGGACUCCGUGAAGGUCUACUACCGCCCCGGGGACUCCCGCUCCGUCGUCACCUUCUUCUACAACGUCCCCAUACCCAGCGGCGUCUGGUACGGCUUCGACCUCUGUCAUGGCAGCUCCGUCCCUUCCCUUCUCCCCCUCGCUGCGGCGGCGAUCUGA